AUGGCAGGGGAGCACCUAGACAACUUAGCCCUAAUGUUCGGUAUACUAAAGGACUACCGAAUGAGACUAAACCCAACGAAGUGCGCCUUCGGUGUGUCUUCGAGUAGGUUUCUCGGUUUUAGGAUGAGUCAGAGAGGGAUCGAACCAAAUCCUGAGAAAAUCAAGGCCAUAAUCGAUAUGGAAAUGCCGAAGACACAGAAGGACAUUCAAAGCCUUACCGGGCGAGUCACGGCAUUAACACGCUUUAUUUCCAAGGCUACAGAUAAGCGUGUACCAUUCCUUAAAGCCUUGAAAAGGGGCAAACAACAUAUCACAUGGACUGCCGAAUGCGACAAAACAUUUCAAGACUUAAAGAACUACAUGAGCAGGGCACCGCUAUUGUCAAAACCACUUCCUGGGGAAGUUCUAUUUCUCUACUUUUCGGUAUCCAGCACUGCCGUCAGCUCGGUCUUGAUGCGGAAGCCAGAGAAGGCAGAAUUACCGAUUUUCUACGUCAAUAAGGCACUCCAGAGCACAGAGCUUUGGUAUCCUCCCCUGGAACAGUUAGCCUUGGCUCUCUUCAAACUAAGACCCGUGAAGAAAGGGCAGGCCGUCGCUGACUUAAUCUUUGAGCUUACACCUUCGGUGGCACCGGAGCCAGCCAGUUCAGACGCUGAUGCCGGGGAACCAGGCAAGCAGAAUGCUGAACACUUCGACCCUUCCGUUCCCGUAUGGAUUCUGCAUGUCGAUGGCUCAGCAAGCCAACAAUGUUGUGGAGCUGGUCUGGUGUUAACUACUCCAGAUGGAGCCAAGGUCGAAUAUGCCCUCCGAUUUAAUUUCAGAGCCUCCAACAACGAGGCCGAGUAUGAAGCUCUUUUGGCCGUCCUUCUGCUCGCCAAGAGCAUGAGAGCAAAACAAAUCAGCAUUCACAGUGACUCCCAGCUUAUAGUGAAUCAAAUAACGGCAGACUUCGCAGCUAGGGAUGCCUCCAUGAUAGCCUACCUAUCAACCACAAACCGACUCCUCGAAGCAUUUCAGGCUUACGAGAUUCGGCAGAUCCCCAGGACGGAAAACAGUCAUGCCGAUGCACUGGCACGACUAGCUUCGGCAAUCAAUGACAAGGUCGGCAGAAAAGUGCUAGUGGAGAUCCUAUCUCAAGCUAGCACGGCAACUUCCGAGGUAUGUACCGUACGGUACGAAAACACGUGGAUGUCUCCCAUCUACGGUUUCCUAACAAACGGUACACUGCCCUCUGACAAGUCACAAGCCCGAAAGCUAUGGUACUGA